AUGCAUGGAAAUUGCCCCACUCUUUAUCACACUCAUCAGCACCAGACAUCACACAGUGAACUACCCAGCUGGACACGGGCUGCUGUUGGAAACUAUCAACAAACCAUGUUCACAAAUCUGCCAAUCAAAGCAACAUCACAAGGGACUGCCUCAGACUGA